ACCACACCAUCUUGAAUCAAUCCACCUCAACCCCUUCUCGGCCUUACUUUCAGCCCAUCAUGUCCCGAAGAAACAUCAGCUCAGGUUCUGCCUUCGAGGCACAAAUCGGCUACUCCCGUGCGGUGGUCUCGGGUGAUCUCAUCUUUGUGUCUGGAACCACGGGCUACAACUACGCAACAGGUGUCAUAUCCCCAAACAUUGUCGAGCAGACGGAGCAGACGAUGGAGAACAUCGCCGCCGCCCUCGCCGAGGCCGGCGCCGAGAUCAAGGACGUCGUGCGCGUCCGCUACAUCCUCCCCGACUGCAACGACUUUCAAAAGACCUGGCCGGUGCUUCAAAAGUACUUUGGCGAGGUCCGCCCCGCGGCGACCAUGAUCCAGGCGGCGUUGAUGGAAGACGUGAUGAAGAUUGAGAUUGAGGUCACGGCCAAGAAGGAGACUGCCAGUUCGUAGGUGAAACACUACACAGGAGGAUCACGGACCUAGAGUUCGUGUGAGAAGGUGAGCCCGUCUGGUGGCUUCCGGUUCUCUAGGGAGACUCUAUACCAGAACGCCUUGCGCGGGACAACUUGGUUGCGAAGAAAACAGCCUGGCAGUGAGAUAUCUUGAUGAGUGAGAUGUGAGG